UGUUUGUGUUUUGUCGCUUUCAUUCUCAGGCAAAGGCAAAGCAAAACAUUCCCCCCUUUGCUCUUUUUCUCACCCUCUCUCUUCCUUGCCAGAAAGGUUCGUCUCUUUUUCUUGCUGUGUCUUUCACAAUGGCUGAUGAAGAUUCAAAGCCAAGCAUUUCUGUCACUGAGACGAAAGAAUUAGGGUCGCCGAAGGUUACGGCGGAGUCUGAUUCACCCGAUGUAGCAUCUGCCUCAGCUGUUGAAUCCGACUCGGCAGCGGUUAAUACUGAAAACACAGACCUGCCUCCUCCGCCGCCAUCGGAAUCACUUGCAGCAGAAGCUUCUACGGUGGUAGAGACAGAGCAGCCGCCGCCGCCGCCCACUGAAGACAUCGAUGUAAAAGCUAAAAGUUCAGACACUAAAGAGGAUUCCGUAGCCGCUCAGGAUGAGAGAUCGAAAAAGUUGCCUCAGAAUCUGGUCUCGUUCAAGGAAGAGAGCAAUUUAGUGGCUGAUCUCUCGGAUUCUCAGAGAAAUGCUUUCGAAGAGUUUAAGAAGCUGGUUCGAGAGGCACUAGACACUCAUCAGUUCACUUCUUCGGUACCACCCAAAACGACGCCGGUUCCCGCUGAAACCACCCCAGCAGCUAAGGAAGUUGCAAAAGCUGAAGGAGCCUCUUCGGAAUCAGAUGCCAGCACGGAGGUACAGCCACAGCAUGAAACCAAACUUGAAGAAAACCCAGUGAAGGGAGCAGAGGAAGUAGCGAAAACAUCCGAGGAACAGGUUUUUAUAUGGGGAGUUCCUCUGCUGAAGGAUGACAGGAGUGAUGUGAUUCUGCUCAAGUUUCUUAGAGCCCGAGAUUUCAAAGUGAAGGAUGCGUUUAUCAUGAUUAAGAACACAAUAAGCUGGAGGAAAGAGUUCAACAUCGACGCACUUGUCAAUGAAGAUCUAGGAGAUGAUCUGGAGAAAGUGGUGUUCAUGCACGGUUAUGAUAGGGAAGGGCAUCCCGUUUGCUAUAAUGUCUAUGGAGAAUUUCAGAACAAGGAGUUGUAUCAAAAGGCAUUCUCAGAUGAGGAGAAACGAGCCAAGUUCCUCCGAUGGCGGAUACAAUUCUUGGAGAGGAGUAUUAGGAAGCUUGAUUUUACUCCUGGUGGUGUCAAUACCAUUUUCCAAAUUAACGAUCUUAAAAAUUCUCCUGGGCCAGGCAAGCGGGAACUUCGAAUUGCCACCAAACAAGCUUUGCAAUUGCUUCAGGACAAUUAUCCUGAGUUCGUUGCCAAACAGGUUUUUAUCAAUGUGCCAUGGUGGUAUCUUGCAUUCUAUACGAUGAUCAGUCCAUUCUUGACCCAGAGGACCAAAAGUAAAUUUGUUUUUGCAGGCCCAUCAAAGUCCCCUGAAACUCUUUUCAAGUAUAUUUCUCCUGAACAAGUGCCAAUUCAAUAUGGUGGCCUAAGUGUAGAUUUAUGUGACUGCAACCCAGAAUUCAGCAUGUCUGAUCCGGUCACGGAGGUACCUAUAAAACCAACCACAAAGCAAACUGUGGAAAUCAUUAUUUAUGAGAAAUGCACUAUCGUGUGGGAGCUGCGAGUAGUGGGCUGGGAGGUCAGCUACAGUGCUGAGUUCAAACCUGAUGCAAAAGAUGGAUAUACAGUUAUCAUACAGAAGGCUACAAAGAUGUGCCCAACUGAUGAGCCAGUGGUUUCCAAUAGCUUUAAAGUUGGUGAACUGGGCAAGAUAUUGCUUACCAUUGACAAUUCCACAUUGAAAAAGAAGAGGCUUCUGUAUAGGUUCAAGAUUAAACCCCUCAGCGUUUGAGGAAAAUCAUCAGUAGACUGAAGCUAAUUGAGGAGUAAGAAAAUGCUUUUGUCAUCAUUCAUUCAAUCCAUAAUCCAUAGUUUUUCAAUAAUUUUGGUUGUCAUUUUGUUUGUGGAUUGGCUUACUGUUUUGAUUGUACUUAAUAUUUAUCAUCUAGGCAAACAUUUACUAGUCUAAAAUGCCCUUUUAUUUUGUGGUGAAGAGUAAUGCCAGGUGAGAGUGUGGCGCUUGGAUUUGGAUUUAGAGUUGGUUUGUGAGAUGCUAUGUGUUACCUGAAAUGUUUUUUUUACUUUGGUGUAGAAGUGUGGAUGUAAAGUUUUGUUCUUAUGUUGUCCUUAUCCAGUUUGAUCUUGGUCCAUUUUUUGCCUUUUACUUUGAUAUCUGUAUUCAAGCCUCUUGAACCUCAUAAAUAUGUAAUAUAAGAGGAGCAAAUGAGAAGUAUGGAUCAUAUGUUUUUUAA